UGCAUAUAACUCAAAGUUUUAAAUUGUAAUCUCACUACGUUACGUCUAACCAUGAUAAAACCGCAAAAAUCCUCCGCAUCCGGUUAAGUAUAUAAACAACUGUCCUUCCUGUGCACACAUCAUUCGUCGCCAAAUGAAUUAUAAGCACUUUCAGCGGUAAAUAAAACUUCAUUAAACAUGAAGUUUUUCGCUGUUUGCAUCUUCGCUAUUACUGCCUACGCAUUUGCGGCAAGUGUUUCACAAAGCGAUGGACCAACGGACGAAUUGAGGCGUCUACAUGAACGUGAUGCCGAUUCUACCGCCACCGCCGCUGAGGGGCAUCCUAAUGUUGCGACCAACGAUGAUAAUAUAAACAAAAUCAAUCUAGGAACUGCGAUCAAUGAUGCAGCAAAACAAUUUGUCAAAACGGUCGAAGCUGCUGGGAACAGUGGGACGGUACACAAACUAGAGGGCUGGAUCACGAUCGCGGCAGGAGGGGCCGCCAUUUUUGUUACAAGACUCGCUUACGGAUUCCGCAAUUAGCUACAAUAUGUGGCAUGUACAUACAUAAAUAUAUAUGCGUCUGGAUUACAUGUAGUCAAACUUUACUCAUAAAAUUAAAAUAAUUUUUAUUUAUUUAAGGCUACUACUUUCAAUAGCAUUAUUCGAUAAUAUAGAUCGAUAAUACAGAUUACACUAAUAAAUUAUUUUACUUUUUUUACUCAAAUUUGAGAAAAAUUGAUCAUUAAAAUAACGCAAUAAAAUAAAAAAUUUUCACUUCUUUUCUAUGAAGUAUUAUAAUAUACAUACAAAAUAUUAUUCAUGCUUAUAUUGAUUUCAUUUUGUACAUUGUUGCACGCGUGUAAUUGUUUUGGAAUAGUUAUACUGGACUAUAGUUUAAAGAAAUUUUUUUAUUGCGGCCCUUGCAAGAUACGGCGAAUGUGGUUCAUUUAUAAAAUGAACGAAUACAGAGUUAUGGAUAUGAUAUGGCGACAUCGAUCCUCGGCGCAUACCUGAGCAGAUACCACUCCUCGCCAAAAUGAGGAGAUUCUGCACAGUGCUGAAGCUAUUACACUCCUUGAGGAUGAUGAUGAUGACGUGAUGCGACCACGUAGUAGUUGUAAAAACGGCGUCUAUGUUUGCCGAUGAAGACACGUUUCACCGCAAAUGGCUGCCUAAAUUCGUCACGAUUUCUGAUUUCACGAUUGGAUGCAUUUAUAUUGUAACAUCUCGCAUAAUUUUCUUUCAAUUUUACUAAACGAAAACGAUAACUAUUGCAAUUUAAUAAACGAUGUGUAUUUGAA